GAUCUCUAACUUGCAGCAACACACACAGACACAAGGUGGGCAAAGAUGAGCUUGAGCUUCGAGUCAGUGCAGACCUCGUCUUACAGGAAGCGUUUCGGGAGUCUCAGCACAGCCCCUGCCAGCAGAUACAGCUUCAUAAAGAGGUCUGUUUUGCCAAGUGCCUCCAGAAGUUCCAUGAUUCGAUUAAAGCAUAUCAACUAUCCAGCAAAAAGUUCCGGAAUGUUCCAGGAGAAGCUCGAUUUCUCCCUGUCAGACGCCCUCAAUGCUGAAUUCAAGGAGACUCGGACCAACGAGAAGUUUGAGAUGAUGGAACUAAAUGACCGUUUUGCCAGUUACAUCGAGAAGGUUCGCUUUCUGGAAAACCAGAACAAGGUCCUGACCACUGAGCUCAACCAGAUCAAGGGGAAAGAGCCCAGUCGGCUGGGGGAUAUGUACCUGGAUGAGAUCAGGGAGCUUCGGCACCAGAUGGACCAGCUGAACAGCGCCAAGGCCCGCCAGGAGAUUGAGAAGGACAAUCUGCUGGAGGAUCGGAACAACCUUAAACAGAGAUUACAGGACGAGAUCAACCUGCGGUCAGAGGCUGAGAACAACUUGGCAGUGUUCAGACAGGAUGUCGAUGAGGCUGCUUUGAUUCGGAUCGACCUUGAGCGGAAAAUUGAAUCCCUGCAGGAUGAGAUUGACUUCUUGAAGAAAGUCCAUGAUGAGGAGAUCCGGGAACUGCAAGAUCAGUUGCAGAUGCAGCAGGUCCACGUUGAGGUGGACAUGUCCAAGCCAGACCUCACUGCUGCCCUCAAGGAUAUUCGCAUUCAGUAUGAGUCUGUCGCCAGUAAGAACAUGCAGGAGGCUGAGGAGUGGUACAAAUCCAAGUUCUGUGAUCUGACCGACGCUGCCACUCGGCAGGCUGAAGCCCUGCGGCAGGCCAAGCAGGAGGUGAAUGAUUACCGAAGGCAGAUCCAGUCCCUCACAUGCGACUUGGAGGGGCUGAAAGGCACGAAUGAGUCUCUGGAGCGCCAGUUGCGUGAGAUGGAGGAGCGUUUCAGUUUUGAAACAAGUAAUUAUCAGGACACGGUUAACCAAUUGGAGAAUGACAUCCAGAACCUGAAGGAGGAGAUGGCCCGUCACCUGCAGGCUUAUCAGGACUUGCUCAAUGUCAAACUGGCUCUGGACAUUGAGAUCGCCACCUACAGGAAACUGCUGGAGGGAGAGGAGAGCAGAAUUUCGAUGCCUGUCCAGAGCUUCUCAUCUCUGCACAUCCGAGAGACAAGUCUGGAAUCUAAAGGCUCCACAGACAUUCAAGCAAGAAGGAAUAUUCUGAUCAAAACCGUGGAGACCAGGGAUGGCCAGGUAAUCAAUGAGUCCAGUGCAGAACACAAGGAACUGCCAUGAGGGGGUAGUUCUGGCCUAGCGGAGCGAGCAGCAGCUUAGUGUGGAGAUGCCACAUUGGUCGUCCGCUAGCUGAUCUAGUGUAGGCUGCUGUAGCCAUGUGGAGUAGGUCAGAGGAGGUAGGAAGUGGAAUCCUGGGAUUGUGUGACACAGCGACAGUGAAAGUGGACAUCGCUUCAUUGAGAAAUACAUUUAACAAAUUCAAGUUUAAAAGUGAUUUGUGCUGUAUUUGCAACUAUACUGGAGUUGACUUAACUUGGGGUGGUUUGGUUUGAUCUCUUGUACUGUAAUAGUAAUAUUUUUAACAGUUUCUUCACAUCCUUCAUAAUUGUAGGCAACUCUGUUUUCACAAAUAUUAUGUUUGCUACUGGCAUUACUUUGGAAUUUUGAUUUAAAAAUGAAAAAGGGCACUUGGCCCCUCAGAACCAAUGCCCCUCAGUGACUGAGGCAAUGCCCCUCCCCUACCCUGUAUACAGAGAAUGAGGAAAUACUCCCCAGGAUCCUGAUCCUUUCUGAUAACCGUAGAGUUUUAAUUUUUGAUUUUGAUUCAGUCUAUCACUGAACCCAACAUGUUUAAAUGGUAGGAUUAGCCAUCCCAGCACCCCUCACCAUCCAGUGUCAGUUUGGCACUGCAUUGCCUACCUCCUGCAACAACAGGAAUAAUAGAACAAGUUUGAUUCUAACAACUGUGUCUCCUACUCAGAUUGAUAUCUGAAUAUGACUGCACCUAUUUUAACUAAAAAGUUAUUUUCCUGAACCUGUGUGAUUGACCCCAGUAAUAUUCUAACAUCUUUCAAUAUGAAGGUUCUUUGUAAUUGUCCUUUGUGCUCAUUGCCUCUGUCUAAAAGGCUCAUUGCUUUUCUAAUGCAAAGGUAACAAUAAAAAAGGCUUUUAACCAGUGGAGUUUGAGUUCUUCAGGAAAAA